CCCACAUUAAGCGAUCAUUUAAAGGGCGUACCAAUCAAAUUGCAAAUUUAUACAAAUUGAUACUAAACGGGUUAUAUUAAUUUUAUGACAAAAAUUAAGUGUGUAAAUAAGUCGGAGCGCCGCGUAAUUAACUCUAAUUAGGAGUAACGAACGGUCGUCGUUUCGCGGCGGGGACGCCUGGACGCGGGUUUUUCGUUUUUCCGGUGACAUUUCGGGUCAAGAAUGACCCCGCGGGAUCUGCGGUGUGCGUAGUGCGGGGCCAGUGUGUGUUCCCGGGCCGGGUCAGUUCCGCGCGGGGCCCGGGACGAUGCCAGCAUAGGGGGCGGCCAGGGUUGGCCUUUUGAGGCCAUGCUCAACAACCUCACCACCACCGCUUUAGGAGGUCACAAAGAGCAGCGCUCGGAGAGCAAGCUCGAUCUCAAGCCGAGUGUGGAGCAGCACCAUGCGCCCGCCGCGCGCCUGCUCGCGCACUCACUCCGCCCCGACCAUCUGCAGGGUGGUAUUCACCAGCAGCACAGCGGACACAUGGCGACGGUGCCGGUCAGCAUGUCCUCCUCCGCCUCAGACAGUGACAAGCCCGCCAAACAGAAGAGGCAUAGGACGAGGUUCACGCCGGCGCAACUGAACGAGCUGGAGCGGUGCUUCACCAAGACGCACUACCCCGACAUCUUCAUGCGCGAGGAGAUCGCCAUGCGCAUCGGCCUCACCGAGAGCCGCGUGCAGGUGUGGUUCCAGAACCGUCGCGCGAAGUGGAAGAAGCGCAAGAAGAGCACGAACGUGUUCCGGUCGCCGGGCGCGCUGCUGCCGUCGCACGGUCUGCCGCCGUUCGGUGCCGGCGACGUCUGCGGCCCCGGCGUCUUCGCCGACCGACCCUGGUCUAUGCCCGCCGGUCUGGGUCAGCUGUCGCAGGGCGGGGUGGGCAUGGGCGGGUUCGGCGCGGGCUCGCUGCCGCAGUUGGCCGCCGACCUCAACCCCGCGCUGCCCAUCAGCUCCGUCGCCUCGCAGCCCUACCAGUCCCACUACCCGCUCAACUCGCUCGGUGACACGAUGAUGUCGUACUGCAACAACAUGAGCGGCGUGGAGGGCUCCCCCACCCCGCCGCACGGGCCCUGCGCCGCCGCCGCCUCGCCCGCCUCCGUGAGUGAGGGCGGGUGCGGGGGCGGCGGUGAGGGGGAGGAGGAGGCGUGGCGCGGGCACAGCAUCGCCGCGCUCCGGCGCCGUGCGUCCGAGCUGUCCGCCGCCAUCCCGCCCUACCUGCAGCUCAACUACGACGCCCACAGCCCCGUCUACUGACCGCACCAUGUGCCAUAGUGGCACAGAGCCGAGCGCCCGUGCCAGACCCCCGCGGACAGCCAGCGCCCCUAGUGACAAAUAUCUGCAACAUAUAGCGCCUCUAGUGGCAGAGCCCUGCAACUGUACACAGCCUGCGCCUCUAAUGGCAAAUCCCUGCAACCAUAGGUAGCUGCGGCACUGGUGACAAAUAUCUGUGACAACGUAUAGAUAACGAUUUUUGCAACUACAGAUCGGGUGCGCACCUGCCCUCUACGACAGUAGCGGAAAUUAUAAAUAUUUAAGACAUUAAAUAUCUGUCACAAAGUAUAUAAGUAGCGCGACUAGUGAGAAAUAUGCGAUAUGCAGCGCCUUUUAUAUACAUUUGGUGACACCAACUUUUCCUCUCUAGUUUCAAGAGCAAAACGUGCUGCGAUGUGCAAGAUUUUGUAAACUACCCACAUUUAAAGUAAUUUUCUAAAUUGAAAUGGACGUUGAAGGCAACAUUGAAUCAGACAAUUUCGA